CCCCAUCAAUGGCUGAUCGUGAUAUUAAUCCAUCAUACGCCACAAUCCUCGCUCGCCAGUUCGGUGCCCGUCUCUCUCGCGCGUGGGAGAGGGAUGGCCGCGGCCGCGACGUCGAGCGGCGGCGACGUCCGCAUCCCGAUCCCGUCCACGACGGCCACCACCACCCCAGACGCGAUACGCGAGAGCUCCACGGCGCCGAGCCCCGUCCGCGGCGACGACGGCGCAUCGACACCGCCGCGGCGGCUCAAGGCGCCGGCCGCGCUGCCAGCGGACGCGAUGGCUCCGCCGCCGACGGCCAUCGACAGGACGCUGGCGAGCGUGGCCAACCUCGCGAAGCUGCUGCCGACGGGCACGGCGCUGGCGUUCCAGUCGCUGUCCCCGUCCUUCACCAACCGCGGCGCGUGCCUCCCCUCCAACCGGUACCUCACCGCCGCGCUGCUCUACCUCUGCGUCCUCUCCUGCGUCUUCUUCUCCUUCACCGACAGCUUCGUCGGCGGCGACGGCAAGCUCUACUACGGCCUCGCCACGGUCAAGGGGUUCCUCGUGUUCAACUACACCGGCGACACCGGCAAUGACGAGGAGGACGCCGAGCGCCGGAGGCAGGUGUUCAAGAACCUCCGCGGACUGAGGAUACGGUGGGUGGACUACGUGCACGCUGUGUUUUCGGCCGUGGUGUUCCUGACGGUGGCGUUCAGCAACGCCGCCGUGCAGAGCUGCUUCUUCCCCACGUCCGGCGACAACGUGGAUCAGAUGCUGACCAACCUGCCCCUCGGCGCCGGGUUCUUCUCCACCAUGGUGUUCCUUGUUUUCCCGACGACACGUAAGGGGAUCGACCACACCGGCCCGUUCAGGGAUGUUUAGUAACAUGUGCUUUAUUGUACUCCCUAUGUUCCAAAUUAUAAGUCAUUCCAAAAAUUUUGGAGAGUCAAAUCAUUUCAAAGUUUGAC